AUGCCUGGCUACAGUCAACAGGAUGAAGCUAUGGCAGUGAAGCUGAUCACCUACUUUCCCAUGAAUACAGAUGUGCGGACCUUCCAUGGUUCUAUACUGAUGUUUGAUGCCAACACUGGAAUACCGAAAACUGUAGGUUAUAAUGGAUGGGGAGUUAAUCACGACUAUGAGGACGGGAGCAGCAUCGGCUGUGGCUACCAAGUACCUGUCUCCCCCCCGAACUCCACGACUCUCGCCAUCCUUGGUGCGGGUGUCCAGGCCAGGUCUCACUUCCACGCCCUUACUCAAGUCAGAACAUUCAGCCAGAUGAGACUGUGGAACUGGCGAAGGGAAAGUGCAGAUAUUCUGGCUGCUGAGAUCGGAGGCACAGUCUGUGAUACUGUAGAGGAGGCAGUUCGUGAUGCUGAUGUCAUUGUCACGGUUACCUUGUCACAUACGCCGGUCCUGAAGAAAGCAUGGGUUAAACUUGGGGCCCACAUCAAUGCUGUGGGUGCCUGCCGAGCAGAUCGCCAGGAGCUAGAGUCAGACCUGAUGCGCCACAGUGUGGUAUAUGCCGACAGCUACGAGGGAGGCUACAAGGAGAGUGGCGACAUUAUCCUGUCUAAGGUAGAGAUCUAUGCAGAACUAGGGGAGGUAAUUCUUGGGAAGAAGGAAGCCCACAUAGACAAAACAACAGUCUUUAAAUCUCUUGGUCUCGGCAUUCAAGAUGUUGUCUCAGCCAAACUGGUGAUGGAUAAAAUAGAGGAACAGACAGCUUAA